GGAGAAAGAGGACUACCUGGUGUACAGGGAACUCCUGGGGAGAUGGGACCCCCUGGAAUAGGCAUUCAGGGAUCACCAGGUCCUAUAGGUCCAACUGGAUCAGCAGGUGUGCAGGGCCCUAGAGGACCCCCAGGAUUACCAGGAACUCCAGGUACCCCUGGUAUUAAUGGCACACCAGGAAGAGAUGGAAAGCCAGGACUGCCAGGCCCUCCAGGUGAUCCUGUUGCACUGCCACUCGUGGGAGACAUGGGUGCUAUACUCAAGGGUGAUCCUGGCACAAGAGGACCUCCAGGCAUCCCUGGUAGAGAAGGGCCAAAGGGAAGCAAAGGUGAACGUGGAUUUCCUGGCCUUGCAGGGGAGAAGGGUGAUGAGGGUCUUCAAGGUGCUCCAGGACUGCCAGGCAUACCAGGACCCAGUGGACCAUCUGGAGUCACAGGAAGACCUGGACAUCCUGGUCCAGCAGGGGCAAAAGGAGAAAAGGGUAGUGAAGGUUCUCCUGGGAAACCUGGACCACCUGGGCCUCCGGGAGGUGCCAGUGUCACUAGUUAUCCAGGUCCGCCAGGUCCUCCGGGUCCAAAAGGAGAUCCUGGCACAGUGGGUGACCGUGGACCAGCUGGCACACCAGGAGUAGCAGGGACACCGGGAAAGCCUGGAUCUCCUGGGUCCCCAGGGAUGCCAGGGGAACCUGGUGAAAGAGGACCCAUAGGAGAUAUAGGCUUCCCUGGGCCUGAAGGGCCACAAGGAAAACCAGGAAUCAAUGGAAAAGAUGGAUUGCCAGGUCCUCCGGGUGCUGUGGGAAGACCAGGAGACAGAGGACCCAAAGGAGAACGUGGAGAUCAGGGUAUUCCAGGUGACAGAGGUCCACAAGGUGAACGAGGGAAGCCUGGCCCAUCAGGGCAAAAGGGAGAUGUGGGUCCUGUUGGCCCCCCAGGAGACAGAGGUUAUCCAGGAUCACCAGGUCACCAAGGUCCCCCAGGUUCACCAGGACCCCCAGGGUUUUCAACUGAUGCAAUUUCGCUUGAAGAAAUAAAAAAAUAUAUCAAACAAGAGGUUCUUAAGGUUUUUGAAGAAAGGAUGGCUCAGUUUGUAUCACAGCUGAAGCUCCCUGCUGCAAUGCUUGCCUCCCAAGCUCAUGGCAAACCAGGGCCCCCAGGAAAAGAUGGGUCACCAGGGCCACCAGGAAAGGAUGGUUUGCCAGGGCCACCAGGAGAACGUGGAAUUCAAGGUUAUAGAGGACAGAAAGGGGAAAGAGGAGAGCCUGGAAUUGGACUACCCGGUAACCCUGGACCACCUGGCCCUGCAGCUACUGGCCUGCCAGGCCCACCAGGAACGCCAGGCUCACCCGGAGCACAGGGGCCACCUGGACCCAACGGGAGAUGCAAUCCAGCAGAUUGUUAUUACCACAUAGCACAGACUCGGUCACACACCAGCAGGAAAUAAAAUCCCUCUCCCUUGGACACUUGGGUUCACGGUCACUUUUCACUCUUCCCAAUAAGUUAAUUUAAUUUUUGAAAUAUUUGGUGCAUUUUUAUUCUUUUCUCUCGACACUGCAUGGUGUAUAGAUACUUUGUAAGGCACAAAAUUGAGCCUUUCUCUAUGUUAUUUGCAGUGUCGUAAUUACGAAGUGAUGAGGUAUGUUUUCCAGAGUGCAUUCCAUGUGUUAUGUUUCUCAUAUUUAUUUUGCUUAGAACAGAAAAUAGGCCCAAAUAAUUUUCAGAAGCUUCUUUAUUCAAACAAAAAUAUUUUAUUAUGACUGAAGACAUCAUGUAAGUACGUCAGUAUGUAAGCUGGCUUUAUUUUUCUUGCUGGUGGUGAAUUUUAAAAGGAAAAAAAAUUCAUUU